AUGGACGGCCUCGCCGUCGCCGCCGCCGCGGCGAACUGCCGCUGCAGCCGCGUGGUCUACGUGGGCAACAUCCCUUUCCACGCGACGGAGAAGGAGGUCCGCGACGCCUGCGAGCUCAUCGGCCCCGUCCUCUCCUUCCGCCUCGCCGCCGACGCCGCCACGGGAAAACGCAAGGGCUACGCCUUCGUCGAGUACGCCGACGACGCUACGGCGCGGAGCGCCUGCCGCAACCUUCACGGCCAUCCCCUGCGCGGCCGCGACCUGCGCGUCGGCCUCGCCGACAGGGCCAGCAUCAGGCGCCGGCGCCACGGAGACCACGACCCGAUCGGCAUGGACGACGCCAUCCAUGCCGCGUCCCUCGUCGACUCUGCGGCGCGCCCUGCCGUGAUCGCGUCCAUGGCGCGGCACCUGGCGGGCUUGUCCAGGCACCAGUUGAGGGAAGCCGCGGCCGAGUUCGAGAAGCACGGUCCUGAUACCUGCGAGAUUCUGAAGAAGCACAUCCCCGGGCUGGACACCGCGAUGGAGAUGGUGCAGCGGCUGCUCGAGAUGGCGGCCGCGGAUGACGCCGCAGAGGAGGCCAAGAGGAAGAAGCGGGCGAGCGGCUGCCUUAAUGCCGAGGAGUCCGAUCAGCACGCCAAACUGAGGAAGAUGGAAGACGGCGGGAAGGUGCCCGCUGGAGUUGCCUGCUCCUGAGAGAUGUGCAGCGAUUCAGCUGCAUCUUUCGAUGUUCUUGAUUUUGUAAAUCAGGGGGAA